GAACCAUGUCGAAGGGACCAGCAGUCGGCAUUGAUCUUGGGACCACGUACUCGUGCGUCGGCGUCUUUCAGCAUGGCAAGGUUGAGAUCAUUGCCAACGACCAAGGCAACAGGACCACACCCAGCUAUGUGGCCUUCACAGACUCUGAGAGACUCAUUGGAGACGCAGCCAAGAAUCAGGUUGCCAUGAACCCCACCAACACAGUCUUUGAUGCCAAGCGGCUGAUUGGGCGGCGGUUUGACGAUGCCGUUGUGCAGUCAGAUAUGAAACACUGGCCCUUUAACGUUGUCAAUGAUAACACUCGGCCCAAGGUCCAAGUUGAGUACAAGGGGGAAAGCAAGUGCUUCUAUCCAGAGGAGAUCUCUUCCAUGGUGCUCACGAAAAUGAAGGAAAUUGCUGAAGCCUACCUUGGAAAGACUGUCAAUAAUGCCGUCAUCACAGUACCAGCUUACUUCAAUGACUCCCAGCGUCAGGCCACCAAGGAUGCUGGAACCAUCUCUGGCCUCAAUGUUCUUCGUAUAAUCAAUGAACCAACUGCAGCUGCUAUCGCCUAUGGUUUGGAUAAGAAGGUUGGGUCAGAGAGGAACGUGCUCAUCUUUGAUCUUGGUGGUGGCACCUUUGACGUGUCCAUCCUGACCAUUGAAGACGGCAUUUUUGAGGUCAAGUCCACCGCUGGAGAUACUCAUCUUGGAGGGGAGGACUUUGACAACCGCAUGGUUAAUCACUUCAUUGCAGAGUUCAAACGCAAGUACAAGAAGGACAUCAGUGACAACAAGAGGGCUGUCCGUCGCCUGCGCACCGCUUGUGAAAGGGCAAAGCGUACCCUGUCUUCCAGCACACAGGCUAGCAUUGAAAUCGAUUCCCUGUAUGAGGGAGUCGACUUCUACACCUCCAUCACUAGGGCUCGCUUUGAAGAACUCAACGCCGACCUCUUCAGAGGAACCCUCGACCCUGUUGAGAAAUCCCUCCGCGACGCUAAGAUGGACAAAGGGCAGAUUCAUGACAUUGUGUUGGUUGGUGGCUCCACCCGUAUCCCCAAGAUCCAGAAGCUGCUUCAAGAUUUCUUUAAUGGAAAGGAGCUCAAUAAGAGCAUCAAUCCAGAUGAAGCUGUGGCCUACGGCGCUGCUGUCCAGGCUGCCAUCCUAUCUGGGGACAAAUCUGAGAAUGUUCAGGACCUGCUGCUUCUGGAUGUCACCCCCCUGUCCCUCGGUAUCGAGACUGCUGGAGGUGUCAUGACUGUCCUCAUCAAGCGCAACACCACCAUUCCUACCAAGCAAACCCAGACCUUUACCACCUACUCCGAUAACCAGCCCGGCGUGCUCAUCCAGGUUUAUGAGGGUGAACGUGCUAUGACCAAGGACAACAAUCUGCUGGGCAAGUUUGAGCUGACCGGAAUCCCACCUGCUCCCCGUGGUGUUCCUCAAAUUGAGGUGACAUUUGAUAUCGAUGCCAACGGUAUUAUGAAUGUCUCCGCUGUCGACAAGAGCACAGGAAAGGAGAACAAGAUCACCAUCACCAAUGACAAGGGUCGUCUGAGCAAGGAGGACAUCGAACGCAUGGUUCAGGAAGCCGAGAAGUACAAGGCAGAAGAUGAUGUCCAACGUGACAAGGUCUCUUCAAAGAACGGUCUGGAGUCGUAUGCGUUCAACAUGAAGUCAACUGUGGAGGACGAGAAACUUGCUGGAAAGAUCAGCGACGACGACAAGCAGAAGAUCUUGGACAAAUGCAAUGAAGUCAUCGGCUGGCUGGACAAGAACCAGACUGCUGAGAGGGAUGAAUAUGAGCACCAGCAGAAGGAACUGGAGAAGGUGUGCAACCCCAUCAUCACUAAGCUGUACCAGAGCGCCGGUGGCAUGCCUGGAGGUAUGCCCGAGGGAAUGCCCGGCGGCUUCCCCGGUGCCGGCGGUGCUGCUCCCGGUGGCGGUGGAUCCUCCGGCCCAACUAUUGAGGAGGUUGAUUAAGCACUGCACUCAGACCAUCUUGAGAUUUUUGUUUUUUUUCUAAGAAAGAAACCCUCUUACUGCGUAAGCUUAAGAGUGCACCUAAAAUGGGGAUUUUAUUGCAUUGUUUGGGACAUGACUAGAAACAGCUUGCCUGCAUAAUUAAGCAGUCACUUCAUAUGUAUGAAAUACUUUGUACACGGUCACUGGCUUGACAAUAAAUCUUGGAACCCUU